CGUCCGCUCACUGACGCAAUAGACGCAGAGCUGAGGAAACAGUAGUGACGGGUAAAAUGAUCAGGAACUGUUUGUAUCUGUAUUAUUUAUCCUGUCGGACAAGGAGCAUGUGUUAAUAUAUGAAAGCUGCGCCUAUCGCAGAAUGGGAGACGACACUGUCGUAGCCCGCCUGUGCAGCGUGAAGGCUCUGCUGGGGAUUGUAGCAGGAGCCGGAGCCUCGUAUGGCAUUUAUAAACUAGUCUUCAGUCGCGCGGGAGAUGCGGGAGUAAACAGAAAAAAGUCUGCUAAAAGUGUGACUAUUCAGCCUGGAAGCCUGAUGGCCAAAGUGUCUGGAUUUAAAGUUGUCAGUAAGAGUGAUAAUCUGGAUCCUACUGUGGAUUCUGAAUCUAGUGAUAUUUUCUCCAAAUCUGCUGCCAACCUGGAGCCUCGACAUCUGAGUAUGCUUCUCUCGCUUCUGCAGAGCAGCCCAAACCUAGAAGAGAGGAGGAAAGUUCUCGUGACUUUGGGAAAUGCUGCUGCCUUUACAGUAAACCAGGAUCUUCUGCGAGAAUUCGGAGGUCUUCACAUCAUAGCAGGCUUCCUCUCAGACCCUUCGCCUGAGAUCCGCGUUCAGACUCUGAACGCUCUGAACAACUUGAGCAUGAAUAUCCGCAAUCAAGAGCAGCUGAAGAUAUACGUCUCGUCGGUGAUGCAGAUGAUUGAGAUGUCGCCGGUGAACUCUGACCUUCAGCUGGCAGCGCUCCGAUUGCUCACUAAUCUGUCAGUCACGGAUAAUCACCAGCAUCUGAUGAAGGGUUCCAUCACCCUCCUCCUGUCACUGCUCGUAGUGAGCAGUGAAGUCCUACAGAUCCAGGUCCUGAAGGUCCUGGUCAAUCUUUCCUCCAAUCCAGAUCUGAUGGACGAUAUUGUGCAAGCUCAGGCUCCAGCGUCCCUGAUUUUGUUGUUUGACGGCUGCACAAGCACGUCUGUUCUUCUCCGCCUGUUGUUUUUCGUGGGGAAUCUGCGCGCGUGGAGACCCUCUGCUCAGGUGGCUGAAGCUCUGAGGAGGCGACAGGACUCUCUGUUCUGUGUUUUACUGGACAGCUCCUCUCAGCUGCACCGUAAACUGCCCCUGCUGCUGUCCCAUCCAGACGAGGAGGUGAAGUCACAGGUGGCCAGACUCCUCACAUAAGCUCUUACAGAACAUUUUUUACCAAAUAUACCCGUUCUUCAUUGUGUAAAAGCUUGUUUACCUAGAGCUCUGCACUAACAACCUACUGUAGCUUCAAACCCUUGCUGGAACAGUGUUGAGAUCUACAGGUAAUGGAUGAGAAAUGACUCCCUCAGGCAUUUGGAGUGAUUUUUGUUCCUAUGAUAGACAUUUGUGAACACCACAGACCUCGUUCGAGAACUUUUGAGGACAUCUUCACUGCCUAACAUUUUCUUGUCCAAGUGAGUGCAGGUAUUUUUUCUGACCACACUAAGUGCUUUGGAUAUCCAGACUAGUGGUGGAAAGGACUCUUGUAACAUCUCAGCAUGUUUAGAAAUCUUAAUGCCUUGAAAAAUAAGUGUUACUUCAGUGCUGCAUAAUGCAAGUGAAGUUUACUACUAAAAAACGUUAUUCAGGUUACGCUGAUGUAGUAAUGACCCAGGAACCUUAUUUUUACAGAAUGUGUGCAUUGAUUGUACUGUGACUGUUUUCUUAUGCUUGAUGAUGAUAUCGACAGGGCCAGCGAGCGAUGCAUUAAGAAAUAUUGUUUUAUAAGGCAAUUAUAAAACAGUGGUUAAUAUUUGCUAUGAUUUCUUUUAGGAAUGCUUUUUGGCUUUUAUAUCAGGUCUGUGGAAGUUCUUUAAAAUAAAUAUUAACAUUUUUAAUAA